AUGGAGCGAGUUGCUGCUGCUGCUGCUGCAGCAGCAGCAGCAGCAGCAAAUACAGCAGCAGCAGCAGAAGAUACAGCAGCAGCAGCUGCAGCUGCUGCUGCAACUGCAGCAACAACAGAUGAUCCAAAACCCCCAGCAGCAGCAGCAGCAGCAUCAGCAGCACAUUCAGCAGCAGCAACAGACACAGCAGCAGCAGCAGCAACAGCAAAUACAGCAGCAGCAGCAGCAGCAGCAGCAGCAGCAGCAGCAACAGCAAAUACAGCAGCAGCAGCAGCAGCAGCAGCAGCAGCAGCAGCAGCAGCAGCAAAUACAGCAGCAGCAGCAGCAGCAGCAGCAGCAGCAGGUGGUCAUCGACCAGUAUUGAGCGUCUUUAUAGACAACCGAUUAAAGCGGCUGCGCGUUGUGGGGAGGCAGCAGCACUUUGCUGCUUCCUCGCAGCUGUAUGCAGCAGCAGUACACAUACAGCAGCAGCAGCAGCAGCAGCAGCAACAGCAGCAGCAGCAGCAGCAGCAGCAGGAGCGGCAGCAGCAGGAGCAGCAGCAGGAGCACAAGCUGCAGAAAGAAGGAGAGGUUGAAUCGCGAUCCAGCAUUCAGCAGAAGUUGCAGCAGCUGCUGCUGCAGCUGCAGCAGCAGCAGCAGCAGCAGCAGCAACAGCAGCAACAGCAGCAGCAGCAGCAGCAGCAGCAACGGAAACAACUGCAGCAUGCUACUGCCGAGACAACAGCAGACACAGCAGCAGCAGCAGCAGGAGAUACAGCAGCAACAGCAACACCAGACACAGCAGCAGCAGAAACAGCAACAGCAAAUACAGCAGCAGCAGCAGCAGCAGCAGCAGCAGCAGCAGCAGCAGAUACAGCAGCAGCAGCAGCAGAUACAGCAGCAGCAGAGUGGGACCUCGAUCUGUCUCGUAAUUUUUUUGUAGAAUUUGAUUGGGGUGUUGCUGCAGCAGCACUGCAGCAGCUCGGUUUGCUGCAGCCUUCUCCUGCUGCAGCAGCAGCAGCAGCAGCAGCAACAGCAGCAGCAGCAGCAGCAGCAGCAGAUAGAUUGUGUUGUAUAUCUCUAGCAGCAAACGAGCUCCUGUCUUUGCCUUUUUUUUUUUCUGCUGCUGCUUUAAAUAACCUCAGAGAGCUGCACCUUAAUUACAACCAUAUACAAACCCUCAUCCUCAGCAGCAGCAGCAGCAGCAGCAGCAGCAGCAGCAGCAGCAGCAGCAGCAGCAGCAGCAGCAGCAGCAGCAGUAGUAGCAGCAGCGGCAGUACCAGCAACGGCAGCAGCAGCAAGAACAAAAACAAAACACCACCAACAGCAGCAUCAGCAGCAGCAGAAGCAGCAGCAGCAGAAGCAACACCCGCAGCCGCAGCAGCAGCAGCAGCAGCAGCAGCAGCAGCAGCAGCAGCAGCAGAUGGUGUGUUCACAGUGCUGCUGCCGCAGCUGCAGCUGCUCGACUUAAAAUAUAAUAAACUGAGCAGCAUAGAGGGCCUCCAUUUGCUGCUGAACCGUCAUAAACAUAUAAAAACGUAA